AUGACGAGGACAGCUCGAAGCAAUGUGGCGCCCGAAGAGGUACUAGCUAAUGAAACACCUAUUCAAUCGACAGUUGAUGUACCACCAAUGAAGCACGUAUGUCUAAAUGCGAAGGAGCUUGAAGAGUUCCGUACGAAUCAGUGCCCUAACUAUGUGAAAGGUUUAUGUCGAGAUAGCAAUAAAUGUGACAUGUCCCAUAGUGAAACAUGGCCAAGGAGGAACCCAUCACUGUUCAAGUAUGACUACAAGUUGUGUCCCAACAUCCAGUUCUUCAGGGUGUACAAUAAGAUGCAGCUACAGGGCAAGUGCCACUAUGGGCGGAGGUGUAGAUUCUCCCACUCGAAGGAAGAACAACUGUAUCACCCCGACCUGUACAAGACUCGUAUGUGUUUGAAUUACCCGGAUUGCAAGGGUUACUUUUGCCCAUUUGCACAUUCCAAAGCAGAGCUUAGAGAAAGAAAGGAUUCUACUGCGUUAUUUCACAGGGAUAGGGCGCCAAGGGGACACCGCCAACCUGCAUCAGGCCCACGACGACAACCAAGACAAGAGGAGUCAAUACAACUUGACCAAACUUAUUAUGCCUCUGAAGAACCAGCUAUGAAGCAAUACCAAUCUCAGAUGAUCACUGAUGCUAUGCAGUACCUUUACAGUGAUGACUACAACAAGGGUGUUUUCAGACAUGAAAUCAAUUCGCUAAACACUACAGCGGGGUCACCAGGUACAUUGUCAACAACCGGUGUGUCAUCUGUUAUGGAUUUCGAUCUUCAUGCUAACCUUGGUGAAACUCUGCGGUUGAAUGGCCCAGAAUACACGAAUAUGGAAAUAGUAAAUAACUAUUACGCCCAAAUGGCGUACAAUGUAGACAACAUCAAGGCGGGUGGAAAUGCACCGUCUGAAAAUGAAGAUUAUACUAUUAAGGCCGAUAGCAAUCGGUUAACUAUUAGCCAGUCACACGCUACGGAAGAUGAUGAAGGUGAUGGCUGGCUUGAUGUGGUAUUGCAAAGGGGACUUAGAUUGCUGAGUGAAGAGGACCCUUCUGCUGAUACUGUUUCAAAAUCAAUGUCAAGUGCAAGAUGUGUCCAUUGCGGUAAACCGCAAGAAAUGUGCAAUGACAACGACCAUCUAGCAAAUCAUUGGUGGAUAUGA